GACCCGGUGAAGAAGACCAGACGCUAAAGACGAGAACGGGAGGACGUGACUGUCUGAGCGAAUGAAAAUGGCUUUGAGGGCAUGUUUGAGGACCAAGCCGGGUUUAACAGCUCUUCUGUCCCAGCUCUCCUGCAGCGGUCAUGCUGCUGCUCGCAGGGCUCCUGCGCUUGUUGCUCAGCGGAGCAGCAGCUCCACCUCACAGAAGAUCAAAGUGGAUUUUGACCAGAGCUCAGGUGUGGCAGUGAUGCACAUGCAGAGUCCUCCUGUCAACAGUCUUAGUUUAGAGUUUCUCACUGAUGUCUGCAUUGCUCUUGAGAAGCUGGAGAUGGACAAGAGCUGCAGAGGCCUCGUCGUCACCUCGAGCCAGCCCAAGGUGUUCUCAGCCGGGCUGGACAUCUUGGACAUGUAUGGGAAGAGUCCAGAGCACUGUGCGGAGUUCUGGAAAGCUGUGCAAGAGAUGUGGCUCAAGUUCUAUGGCUCCAACAUGAUCACUAUAGCAGCAGUCAAUGGCUCCAGUCCUGCAGGAGGCUGCCUGCUGUCGAUGACAUGUGACUACAGAAUAAUGGCGGAUAACCCUCGUUACAGCAUCGGUCUCAAUGAGACCAAGCUCGGCAUUGUAGCACCUUUUUGGUUUAAGGACACAAUGGUAAACACAGUCGGACAUCGGGCCACAGAGAUGGCCCUACAGUUGGGGCUGCUCUACAGCCCUGCAGAGGCCUUGAAGAUAGGAUUGGUGGACCAGCUGGUGCAUGAAGACCAGGUCCUCACUACAGCCACAGAGACCAUGACCAAGUGGUUGGCUAUUCCAGAUCACGCCAGACAGCUCACAAAGUCCAUGAUGAGGAAGCCAACCAUAGACAAGCUGGCGGCUAACAGAGAGGCUGAUGUCAAUAACUUUGUCAAGUUCAUCACCAAGGACUCUAUUCAGAAGUCCCUGGGGAUGUAUCUGGAGAUGCUUAAGAGAAGAAAGGCUUAGAGAGGGGAAACAUGUUUGCACACUUUGUAGCACCAGCUACAGAUGUGAUCUGACAUCAGGCAGUGAGCAGUCUACAUGU